AUGUAUGUAAGAUAAGACUUCAUCAGAGUGUUGUCUGAUGAAUAAAAGGAUAUCACCAAAGAAUUAGCAGAGAAAUUUAAUAUCUUUUUAGCUCCAGAUGAUUUAGAAUCAAUUAAAGCUUUUAUAGUAUUUAAGAGCAAAGUAGAUCGUGAUCUUUUUUAUGAGAAAUAUAAUUCGGAUUGUUUAGUUAGAAAUGGAAUCUAUUUAUUCUAAAAUUAACCAUAAGAAUUGAAGUUGAGAGGAUUAUAUACCAUAAGAGUGACGGAAGCCCCUGAUCCCAAUGAAAUUAAAUGGGAAAAUAUGGAUUAUUAAGAAAGAAAUAAUUUUCAAAUUAUUCUAAUGCAUCUAGUUAUGGCUCUAAUAUUAUUAGCACCAUUAAUAGUAUUUGAAAAUAUGGCUUUGAAGAAUGCAAGGAACAAUACAAUUAAAUGCACUGAGAAUUGUUUAGAUAAUGAUUUUACUAGAACUGUUUAUUAUCUAAUAACAGGUUUUUGGAUAUUGAUUGCAGAUGUACUAGGAUGGGUCUUUCUAGAAUUAAUAAUUAAUAGAGAAAGGCAAAUCUAUUUAGUUUAAGAAUAAAAAGUGAUAUUAAUUAGAAUAAUCGUCUAUUUGCUAUGUUACACCUUGCUUGUACCAAUCUUAAUCUCCUGGGAAACUAUAGGAAACAUAGUAUUAGUCAUUUAAAGUUAUACUUCAACAGAGAAGUCAUUAAUUUUUAGUGAUGAUUUAGAUAGAAAAUGGAUUAUAAAUCAUGGUUUAAUAUUUUUAUGGGUAUCUAUAUUUUACACUCUUAAAUUGAUAAUUUUGAGUUCUUCAUCAAGAUGUCAUUGCAUAACAGGUGGAAUAAGAGAUUAAGAGGAAUUAUAAUUAAUAGGUUCUUUAUUGACAGAUGAAGGUGACGAAGAAAGAUAAAGGUUAACUGGUUAAUUAAAAACUACAUCUAAUAAUAAUAAUAAUAAUUAAUCUCAUUAAACUCUUUUUCUAUUAAAUUUAGAUGAGAGUGUAAACUACAAUAUUCAAUCAAGAUAAAAUUUAGAUGUGAAAACAGGAAAAUCAUUUAGACGUGACUCUCCCUUAAUCAACAGUAAUCCAACUUUUAAAACUGGACUUAGAUAUGCCAAAUUAUUGUUUAGUAUCUUCUUAUCAAUUACUUUAUCAGCAGGACUGCCUCUAUUACCUUUAUUAGGAGCCUUACAGAUAGGAUUGUUGUAUAUUUAUGAUAAAAGUAUGUUAUUGCGAUAUCAUUCUUAUAACGAGAAACAAUAGAAAAAAUUAUAGGAAUAACUAAAAUCAGUUGGAAUUAUCACUUUGAAAUUUAUUCACUUUUUCCUUGUGUUACAUUUAAUCUUUAGUGUCUUGAUAUAUGGAUAUCCAUUCAUUUACACUUAAAAUGGUAUGGGGAUAUCAUCGGAUUGGAAUGAUGCAUCUAAUAAAUUAAUAUACAGACUAAGCACUGUAAUUCCACUUACUUUGUUAUUAGUAAUUUUAGUAUUGGCUCUUAUUAUUGAUCUAAUAUUUUUUGGAAUCAAUAAUAAUUGGAAAAUCCAGUCUGAUUAAAUAGGAUAAGAUGUUUCUUAGAAUCUAGAAGAUCAUAUAAGUGGAUUGAAAGAAUAAGGAAGUGCUAUUUCUUAUAAUUUAAAGCACCAUGAUGAAUUUAAGGAUAUUUUACUAAGUCAGAAAUAAGAAAGUAUAAGAGCUACUCUAAAUUAAUUCAAACAUUGA